AUGACGAAGAUGAGGCAGCAGUCAUGGCUGUUUGGAGAUGUGUGGCAAAAAUCACGUGCUCACAGGAGGAAUUACACAGUCUGCCUGCUCGAGAGAAAAUGUGUUUGUGGGAGGUUCCAAAUUGAUGAAUUGCCAUGCCCACAUGCCUGGGCUGUAUUGAAGAGCAAGUUUUUAAUGCCUGAAGAAUAUUGCUCUAGCUAUUACAAGCCAAGUACAAUUGUAAUGACAUACGAUGUGCCAGUGUACCCGCUACCGGACAAAAAUGACUGGAAUAUACCAGAGCAUGUUGCAGAGGAGGUUGUACUACCACCCAAAUGGAAAAGACCUCCUGGAAGGCCAAAGAAGAAGCGCGACAAAAAUUUAAGUGAAUUGUUGUUGCCGAAAAAUCAACAUUCAUGUAGCAUAUGUGGGCAGGGAGGACAUAACAAGCGAACUUGUAGGAAUGCUCCACGUAAUAAAUAG